CGGAUAACUUAAAUCACGUGUUUAGGUUGACAGUCAAGCACGUGCGGCUUUAUGGGUCAGCAACAGUCAGGGGGCCCAGGUCAAGGACCAGGUCGUGGAAGAGGACAAAAGGAUGAAAAAGAAAAGAAGCGCUAUGAGCCUCCCAUUCCUACAAGGGUUGGGAGGAAGAAGAAACGAUCAAGAGGCCCGGAUGUUGCGAGCAAGCUUCCUACUGUGACGCCUCAUUCGCGCUGCAGACUGAAGCUGUUGAAAAUGGAGAGAAUAAAAGAUUAUCUGUUGAUGGAAGAGGAGUUUAUUCAGAAUCAGGAGCGUUUGAAACCGCAGGAAGAGAAGCAUGAAGAAGAAAGAACGAAAGUUGAUGAGUUAAGGGGCUCUCCGAUGGCAGUUGGGUCACUUGAAGAGAUUAUUGACGACAAUCAUGCUAUAGUUAGCACUUCAGUGGGAUCAGAGUAUUACGUCAGUAUUUUAUCUUUUGUCGACAAAGAUGAGUUGGAACCAGGAUGCACGAUCCUCCUCAAUCACAAGGUUCAUGCUGUUGUUGGUGUAUUGAAUGAAAACACAGAUCCAAUGGUGAAUGUCAUGAAACUGGAAAAGGCUCCUCAAGAGUCAUAUGCUGAUAUUGGCGGCUUGGAUGCUCAAAUUCAAGAGAUAAAGGAGUCUGUUGAACUGCCGCUCACACAUCCUGAGCUGUAUGAAGAAAUGGGGAUAAAACCACCAAAAGGAGUUAUUCUGUAUGGCCCACCAGGCACUGGAAAAACGCUGUUGGCAAAGGCAGUGGCCAAUCAAACAUCAGCAACAUUUUUACGAGUUGUCGGCUCUGAACUAAUUCAAAAAUACUUGGGUGAUGGUCCAAAACUUGUGAGAGAGCUGUUUCGUGUUGCUGAAGACCAUGCUCCAUCUAUUGUAUUUAUUGAUGAGAUUGAUGCCAUUGGAACAAAGAGGUACGAAAGCACUUCAGGAGGAGAAAGAGAAAUACAGAGAACAAUGUUGGAGCUGCUCAAUCAAUUAGAUGGCUUUGACUCUAAAGGAGAUGUGAAAGUUGUGAUGGCAACAAACAGGAUUGAAACUCUUGAUCCAGCACUCAUCAGACCUGGUCGCAUUGAUAGGAAAAUUGAGUUUCCUCUUCCAGAUGAGAAGACACGUCGUCGCAUUUUUACCAUUCACACCAACCGAAUGACUUUGGCUGAAGACGUGGACCUAGAGGAAUUCAUAAUGGCUAAAGAUGAUUUGUCUGGUGCAGACAUCAAGGCAAUUUGUACUGAGAGUGGUCUGAUGGCUUUAAGAGAGCGGCGCAUGAAAGUAAACAAUGAAGACUUCAAAAAGUCCAAAGAGAACGUUCUCUAUCGCAAGAAUGAAGGGACACCAGAAGGAUUAUACCUCUAACUGACUUGCUUCUUAGAAACUUACAAUAUUACAAUGUCUAUGAAGAGACUGAAUUUAACCCUGAAUGUCUAGCAGUUCUUACGUAAAACUGUACAAUCAUGUGAGACUUAGACUAGCAGGAAAUUAACUUCUCUGUC